AUCAGCCAAAUCCUUCAAAUUUUCUCUCAACGAAAAUCUCUCUCCUCCCCUAAUAUUACAUUUUCUUUUCCUUUCUUCCCCACCAAACAAAACCCAACCACUUCAUCAUCGCAAUAUCAUUUCCCAUUCUUUCUUUCUUUCUCUCUAUCGCAUACUCUUGUAUGCUCUUCUUCUUCUUCUUCUUCUUGCAGAAACUCUUAUCGGACGACGUCGAUUACAAUGGCAAAUUCGGCAUCAGGAAUGCAUGUGAGCGAUGAGUGCAAGCUAAAGUUUUUAGAGCUAAAAGCCAAGAGGAAUCACAGGUUCAUUGUGUUCAAAAUUGAUGAGAAGAUCCAGCAGGUGAUGGUAGAGAAGCUGGGAAAUCCUGGAGAUUCCUAUGAUGAUUUCACCAACUCAUUGCCAGCCAACGAGUGUCGAUAUGCUGUCUACGAUUUCGAUUUCACUACCAAUGAAAAUGUCCAGAAAAGCAAGAUUUUCUUCAUUGCCUGGUCACCUGAUACAUCAAGGGUGAGGAGUAAGAUGCUUUAUGCGAGCUCCAAGGACAGAUUCAAGAGAGAGUUGGAUGGGGUUCAGGUGGAAUUGCAAGCGACAGAUCCUAGCGAGAUGAGUUUGGACAUUGUCAAGGGACGAGCUCUAUAAGUUAUGAUCUUCAAAAGUCAGCUUCAACCAUUCCUGGCCUAGCUAGCUAGCUCUCUCUCUCUCUCUAUAUAUAUAUAUAUAUAUUAACUAUUGCUUAGUUCAUUUCAUAUUUUCUGGCUUUUCUUACUUAAUUUUGUGUGGAUUAUUUUUUAAUUCUUGAAUUUAUUCUUCGAAUAUUGAAUAUUGUAACAGUUAAUUUCUUUAA